AUGCUGGCGCAGAGCGUGGAGGCAAAGGUUCGCCCCCUGGCGAACACCAGUCUUGAAAAAUCCAGUCUCCUCGGUGCUUCCCGCAUCUAUAUCAGCAGAGAUACUCUGCUCUCGCUCACGGGAAACUUGGAGUGUGGCAAGCUCUGCGUUGUCACUCCAUUAGAAUCCCCCACCAAUAAUGAAGAUGUUGAGAGCCAAGGACAGCCCCGAGAGGCCUCGCUAUACAUUCUCCCCGAGAAGAACCUGGACCGAAAUGUCGUGAUAAUGACCAAAGCAUUCCGAGAGGCUACAGGCUUCAAACUUGGUGAACGCGUUCGCAUCGAACUUGCGGGCACACUACCAAAAGCAGAGGAUAUCGAGGUGCUAGAUGUCACACAAAGGACAGAGCAGAACGCCGAAGAGUUCGACCGCAUGGAAAGGCAGGAGUUGGACGGAAGGUAUCCCAUGCCAUGGGAAAACUCAGUUGGAUGCACUCUUGACCGUGUUGAACUCGUCUUCCCUGGGAUGGUUGUGGAAGCGGUGCACCCUUCCAAGGCACGCCGAUACUUCAAGGUCCUUUCUGUGAACUCGCAGACCAACAACCUUGCAAAGUACAUCUGGGAGCAUACAAACAUCCAUGUCCACUGGACAGAUCCACGAGAGUGUGGCAAACUUGUCGUUGCCGAUGUCCCUGGAAUGUCGAAAGUGGUGAAGAGCCUGAAUCAAUUCCUUGCUAAGUUCACUCACCCUUACAAUUUCAAAGGAUGCAAAAGAUCAUCUGGUUUUGUUAUCCAUGGCGGUCGCGGCACUGGCAAGACUUUCAUUUUGAAUCGUAUUGCUGAUACGAAAUGGGGCAAAGUGCAUCGGAUUAAGACUUCCGACAAACUCUCGAGCAUCAAGCUCACCUUCAGGCAUGCACAGAGACGACAACCAAGUUUCAUUCUAAUCGACAAUCUUCACACUCUGAUAAACAAGGAUAACCCAAAUCGCCUGGCUAUCAUCGAAACUCUGGGCGAAGAACUGGAUGCCUUGUCUAAAGUCUCACAGUCAGGAGAAUGUUACAUUAAUGUGGUGGUGGUUGCUACCUGCUCCGACUUUUAUAUUGAUAUUCCAGAAGAACUGCGAGAUCCUACUCGCUUUUUCCUGGAAGCUGCCUUGCCUAUUCCGAGACUGGAUGAUCGUAUGGAGAUACUCAAAUCCUUUGGCCUGCCAAUGUCUUCAGACAAACAAGUUCUUCUCCAGCAUCUGGCGGAUGAGACACACGCAUUCACCCCCAGAGAUCUCCACAAAUUGGCUGAGAAAGCGAUGCAUCAUCUCGAAACUCGACUGCUUGAGACAGGUACUGGAGAACGUUUCUUGAGAAGCUCGGAUCUUGAUCGAGCGAGAUCUGAGACUCAACCAUCGGCUAUGCAUGAUAUCAACCUCAAUCCUCCUACUAUUCAUUGGCAGGAUGUUGGUGGGCAAGAAGUCCUGAAGAAGGCCCUCGAUAGGAUGAUCAAGUACACAAAGAACCCAGAGCAUUACCUUCGUGCUCCACCCAUGAAUCUUCUCAUGUACGGGCCCCCUGGUUGUUCCAAAACACUUUCAGCUCAAGCACUUGCGACAGAGUCUGGGUUCAACUUCUUUGCCGUCAAAGGUGCUGAGCUUCUGAACAUGUACGUCGGCGAGUCUGAGCGAGCCGUACGUGCUCUGUUCGACCGUGCUCGCCGUGCUUCUCCGUCUAUCAUCUUCUUCGACGAGAUCGACUCUAUCGGUGGACAGCGUUCAGGCAGUGGUUCUACUACCCGUAGUACCGGCUCUCUCAAUAUGCUCACAACCCUUCUUACUGAAAUGGACGGUUUCGAGGCUCUCUCAGGGGUUAUUGUCGUCGCAGCUACCAAUCGCCCUGAGGCCAUGGACUCGGCAUUGCUACGCCCAGGCCGCUUCGCUCAAGUCUUGUACGUUGGCCCCCCUGACGGAGCAGCACGUGAAGCUAUCUUCAACGUCCAUCUCCGCGGCCUACCCCUAGCAUCAGAUGUCAAUAUCGCAGACCUAUCUCGACUCGCUGAAGGUUAUUCUGGGGCUGAGAUCAAGUCCAUCUGCGAUCAGACUGGCAUGCUUGUCCAGGAGCGUUAUGACGAUGACAGAACGGUCAACAAGCUCGAAAUGACCAUGGCCGACUUGACAACUGUUCUGGAGCAGACACCACGCAGAAUUACCAAGCAGCAGAUAGAUGGCUAUGAGAAGUGGAGCAAGCAGUUUCAUUACUAG